AUGUCUAAAGAACUAUCAUUACAUUGUGAGAGCGUGUCGGACCGUCAGCGGCCACCGUUUGUGGAGGAUCGGGCCCUGGAGAAACGGAUCCUUCGCAAAGUCGACCUGCGACUUAUUCCACCUCUGUUUGUUAUGUACAUUCUCAAUUACCUUGACCGAAACAAUAUUGGAAAUGCCAAGGAAGCAGGCAUGGCAGAUUCUCUUCAUUUGAGUUCAUCUGACUACUCCCUUGCAUUGUCCAUCUUCUUCAUUGGAUACUUUCUCCUCGAAAUCCCCAGCAACAUGAUCUUGAAUCGCACAAGACCCAGUAUCUAUCUUCCCAGUCUCAUGAUUGUUUGGGGCUGCCUAGUGAUUGCAUACGUCGGCAUUAAUACAAAGGAGCACCUCUACGGGUUACGGUUUUGCCUUGGUCUUCUCGAGGCAGGCUACUUUCCGGGAGUGCUCUUGUUCAUGAGUAAUUGGUAUAAGAAGAGUGAACUUGCGCGACGUUUCGCCGUCUUCUAUUGUGCUUCCUUAGUAUCUGGUGCUGUAGGAGGGCUCAUUGCUGGUCUAAUCACUGAUACCAUGCAAAAUCGUGGGGAUUUGCCCGCAUGGAAGUGGCUGUUCCUAAUCGAGGGUUGCCUAACCGUCGGCUUUGCCAUCAUUGCCAUGUUUAUUCUCCCCGAUUUUCCUGCCACAACAAAAUGGCUCUCCGAGGAAGAGCGCGAAUACGCUAUUGCUCGUCUCGAAAAUGACCAGAAUUCCACGCAGGCUGGAAAUCUGAGCCACUUGCAGAGCUUCCUACACGCCGUUCGCGACUGGAGGACCUGGAUGUUUGUUCUUGGACAAAGUCUUUGUACUUGUGCAGGUACCAUUACAUACUUUAUCCCGACGCUCAUGGCAGGGCUAGGAUACAAAGGACAUGAGAUUCAAUACAUGACAAUCCCCAUUUAUAUGGUUGCUCUUGUCAUUGUCCUCGUUUGCAGCUUCUCUUCAGACUUGCUUAAGGAGCGGCCUAAGCACAUAAUGACCAUGGCGGGUAUUGCCACUGUUGCGCUCACCAUCGUAGCCGCGGUCGAGAACAACAAAGCACGUUAUGCUUUCUUAGCAAUUGGGGCGUCUGGUGUCUGGGCUUGCAGCACACUGACACUAAGUUAUCUUUCCAACACGAUUUGCCGACCGGCCGAGAAACGAGCCGUUGCAAUUGGCCUUGUAAACGCACUUGCCAACUUGUCGUCAGUAUAUGGUUCAUACAUAUGGCCUUCUGAUUCGGCACCACGGUAUAUUAUGGGUUUCUCUGUCAGCAUUAGUCUCAUGUUUGGUACUCUUCUCACUGCCUUGGGGCUUAUGAUUCUUACGAAGAAGUAUCCGUAUGAGAAGACGAAGGACGGAUACCUGGGAGACGGAGGCCCUGCUACAGGUGAAGCAGCUUCGGACCGAGUAUAA